AUGGACGCGGCCGUUUCAUCAUCAACAUUAUUAUCACGGUCGGUCACGACAGUUGCAUCGUCAAUGGUAUCUGCAUCUACAUCGGCGUCUCCGUCAGAGAGUAUUUUGAGUACACUAGCAUCAGCAUCAGCAUCUGCAACAGCAGAUGCCGUAGCGGCAGUUGCUGAAGGUGUGCCUGUACCCGCACCACAUGCAAACUCAGGUGACAUACUUUCAUCAUAUUUACCACGAGUGGAUCAGUUUUACAUCCCAGAAUGGCUAACAAUGCAAUUUGUUGCCAACAAUUUGGUGAGCUUUACGCCACUGUUUUCCUAUGGUACUACAAUUUUAAGCAUUGAGAGAUCAAAAACGGCGCUGGGAUUUUCUAUUGAUAUUUGUGCGACGAUGAUGAUUGCAAGCAUUCUUAGAAUUUCAUAUUAUCUGAUAACGCCAUAUGAAAUUACACUAUUAAGACAAUCUAUUGUAAUGAUUUUCAUCCAAUUAAUUUUACUGAGAACAACACUACUCUACAGACCGGAAGAGUAUAAAUAUCACAAUUUGCAUGAUGUGGAAUCGUUUUCACAAUUGAUCCGUAACGUUUGGUAUGAAUAUUUUGCCUGUUCCAAACCGCCGUUCUUCAGCAAGGACUGGAGACUAAUGCUAAGAUCCCUCUCGUUUAAACAUCUAACGGGGUUCCUUUACAAAUGCCUCCUAAUGGCUUGUUAUAAAGUUUUAAAGUUUUUCGAUCCAAGUUAUAAGAGGUUUAAGUCAUUUUGGCAAUGGGACGAUGAAAGUAAAUUUUGGAAAUUCCUAGUUUAUUUUGCCUCUUUCCAACUGUUCUUAACGUUUAUCAUUUCGAAAGUUUUAAAUUGGGAAUCCUUAUCUACUUGGAUUGGUUCAGUAAUUGGAUCUUUAGGACUUUUAAUCGAAUCGCUGUUACCAUUACCGCAGAUUGCAAUUCUUUACAAGUUAAAGUCAGUCCAAGGUUUUAAACUAAUUCUGUUGAUUAGCUGGUUCUGUGGUGAUACUCUUAAAAUCACAUAUUUAAUCUUUGGGGCCAGUAAUAUAUCAGUCAUUUUCCUAUUAUUUGCACUUUUCCAAAUGACUUUGGAUUUUUACAUCGGUGGACAGUACAUCUAUUACAGAUAUUAUUAUCCAAGCUUGAGGAAUAGAAGAGAGGCACCAUUGAGAGAUGAGGAAGAAAAUGGAGAGAUAAUUGAAUUAGAAAAUUUCAAAAUGAAUAAUAGUGAUCUGGAGCUUCAAACACCCCCGCCUCACCAACAUGGAAGGGUAAGAUCUCAUUCUCUUAUGGGACAGUAG